AUAGAAUACUAUAUUCUCGUGGGGGCCCCUGCGGGGCCCAGGGCCUGGGGCAAAUUGUCCCACUUGCCCCCGCCCCCUCUGGGCAGCCCUGGAGGAGGUAGUGGAAAAAGCAAGGGGAGCCGGAUUGAAUCGAGCGUAGAGGUUCCGUCGCAGGAAGCAGAAGUAUUGGACAGAAAUGGCUACAUAUACAAAUAAAAUCAUGAACCCUUCAUGAACAAGAGACCCUCAUGUCUGUAGCUCACCCAUUUUGGAGCCAAAUAGGCUGUGAUCCAUCUUUCCGGGGAAAAAACUCUUACUGUCAGUUACCCUCCUUGGUGAAGAAACCAAUAUGUUCCUUCCUCUGAAUGCAGGGGCGGGUUGUGGAUCCAGAUUUGAUCCCCUCCCAUCUCUUUCCUUUGGGGAAGGGUUUUUGGGGGGGAGGGAGAUUUCAGCUCCUGUUUUCUUUGAUCCAUCCGUCCCUUAUUGCUGUUCCUUCCUCUCUUUCCCCAUCCCUCUCUCGGAGGUUUUCUGUCUCCCCGGCACAAGGGGUGACCCAUGUCUGGAUUCUCUCUCUGUCCCAGCAGGUGAUGCCGGGAUGGCGAGUGAGAACGGGGAGGAGAAGCCCCAGCAGGAAGAUGCUGAUCCAGGAGUGCCUCGCGGGACGUUUGCAGGGAGAUGCAAAAGGGACGUUUGCCGUGGUUGGCCACCGACCAAAGCCUGUGAGAGUCAGCGCAGGGCAGAGGAAAGUGUCAGGAGCUGCUCACACCUUAUGAGACGUCAGAGCAUCCUAACGGGCGAGAGACCCUACCCAUGCUCUGAGUGUGGGAAAAGUUUCAGCCAGAGUUCCUCGCUUAUUAGACACCAGCGAAUCCACACAGGAGAGACCCCGUUCGCGUGUGCCGAGUGCGGGAAACGCUUUAGCCAGCGCUCAUCCCUGGUAACCCACAGGAGAAUCCACACCGGCGAGACGCCCUACACCUGCGCCGAGUGCGGGAAAAGCUUCCGGCGGAGCUCAAACCUGAUCAUGCACCAGAGAAUCCACACCGGUGAGACGCCCUACACCUGCGCUGAGUGCGGGAAAAGCUUCAGGCAGAGCUCAAACCUCAUCACACAUUGGAGGAUCCACACCGGGGAGAUGCCCUACACCUGCGCCGAGUGCGGGAAAUGCUUUAGUCAGAGCUCGACCUUCAUUCGACAUCAGACAAUCCACACUGGGGAGACGCCCUACACCUGCUCUGAGUGCGGGAAAAGUUUCAAUCGAUGCUCUGCCCUGAUCACACACCAGAGGAUCCACACAGGAGAGAUGCCCUAUGCCUGCACCGAGUGCGGGAAACGCUUCAGUCUGAGCUCGACCCUCAUUGCACAUCGGAGGAUCCACACGGGAGACAUGCCUUACACCUGCGCUGAGUGCGGGAAAAGCUUCCGGCAGAGCUCAAACCUGAACACCCAUCGGAGGAUCCACACCGGGGAGACGCCUUAUUCCUGUGCCGAGUGCGGGAAAUGCUUCAGUCAGAGAUCCACCUUUAUUAGACAUCGGCGCGUCCACACGGGGGAGACACCGUACACGUGCUCUGAGUGUGGGAAAAGCUUCAGCCAGAGCUCGACCCUCAUCACACAUUGGAGAAUCCACAUGGAAGAGGCUCCCUACGCAUGCUCCAAGUGUGGGAAACGUUUUAGCCACAGUUCUGCCCUUAUUAGACAUCUGAGGAUCCACACUGGGGAGACCCCUUACCCAUGCUCCGAGUGCGGGAAACGUUUUAGCCACAGUUCUGCCUUGACCACGCACUGGAGAAUCCACACGGGAGAGACGCCCUACGAAUGCUCCGAGUGCGGGAAAAGCUUCCGGCGGAGCUCCGGCCUCCGCACCCAUUGGAGGAUCCACACCGGCGAGACGCCCUACACGUGCUCCGAGUGCGGGAAAAGCUUCAGCCACAGCUCCACCCUGACCACCCACCGAAGAAUCCACACCGGGGAAACACCCUACACUUGCGCCGAGUGCGGGAAAUGCUUCCGGCAGAGAUCCAGUCUCAUCACACACCGGAGGAUUCACACCGGAGAGACGCCCUACACCUGCUCCGAGUGUGGGAAAAGCUUCCGGCAGAGCUCAAACCUUAUAGCUCACCAGAGAAUCCACAUGGGGGAGACACACUGAACGUGCUCUGAGUGCGGGAAAAACUUCAGUCAUGGCUCAUCCUUCCUUAGACACCAGAGAAUCCCCACUGGUGAGAGACCCUAUAUGUGCUCCGAGUGUGGGACAAUCUUCAGUCAGAACUCAAGCCUUAUUAGGCUUCUGAGAAUCCACAAUGGAGAGACACCCUACAGCAGGGCUUCUCAGACUGGGGAUUGGGACCCCUUGGGGGGGCACAAAGUCAUUACACGGGGGUCACGAGCUGUCAGCCUCUAUCCCAAACCCAGCUUUUCCUCCAGCAUUUAUAAUGGUGUUAAAUAUUUAAACAAGUGUUUUUAAUGUAUAAGAUGGGAGGAGGGGUCACACUCAGAGGCUUGCUAAGUGAAAAGGGUUCCCAGUGCAAAAGUCUGAGAACCCCUGCCCUACACCAGUUGGUCUCAAUCAGGAGUACACAUCACCCUGGGGAUACGCAGAGGUCUUCCAGGGGGCACAUCAACUCGUCUCGAUAAUAGCCUAGCUUUACAACAGGCUAUGUAAAAAGCGCUCACGAAAUCAGUACAAACU